GCGACUCACAGUUCUGUGCGAUGUGACGCCAGUUGUCAAAUUUCAUGUGUGCAAAAGGAAAUUUAUGUGAGAAAGAAAAAAGGUGUUCUUUUUGUGUGAAAAUUCCUCAUCAACUCUGCCAAAUUCUACAUCCGGGACCAUCCUGGACGUCCUGAUACACCGUGGGUGCAUGGUGGAAGUGUACUGGGGUGGUGUAUGGUGGUGAAAAGAGGGCACAUUAUUGGACCUGAGACUGUUGUGUCAUCAUCUCCCGGAUAGUCUUGGUGGUGUUUGAGGCAGGCCGUGGACAGCAAUUUGAGGCAACACCAAUACGCACAAGAGUUACUGAGGCGAGGAACAAAAUAUUAUUUCCGACAUUUGCUGCUUUGAGGUUUGUGGGGAGGUUUUUGUUGGUUUUUUGUUUGAUUUGGGUUUGAUUGGGGACUCUGCAAGAGGACUGCCAGGAGCAGAUCCAAGUGGAGCACAGAGAGAGAGAGAAGUGUGUGAUUUGAAUGGCGUGUGCCACUCUUAAACGUUCCCUCGACUGGGAGUCAAUCAAUCAGCGCCCAUCGAAACGUCGUCGAUGCAGUCCGUAUGGGGCUAAUUCCAGUGCCAGCACGAGCAGCAGCCCUACAGUUCGUGAUGCUGCUUGUGGAUGCUCAGCUACAGAACCAUCAUCGUCCCCCUUCGCCAAGACACCCUCCUAUCCUAUUCUCACACCCGAGAAAAUGGCUCAGACGGUGCAUGAUGAGAUCAAGAGACUCCACCGGACGAAGCAAUUGCCAGCUGUGGCCAUUGAGAGGAUGCAGGAUUCAGAAUCGAGUGGUUCAGAAAUGGGUUCAGAUAGCCCAAGGCGCCCAGAUACGCCGCCCACAAUGAAGAAUCCAGAUAAGGCUCUCUUCACAUUCAAACAAGUACAAUUGAUAUGUAGUCGCAUGCUGAAGGAGCAAGAAGAGAAGCUCCGUGAGCAGUAUGAUCUCAUUUUGACAUCAAAACUGGCUGAGCAGUAUGAUGUCUUUGUGAAAUUCACAUAUGACCAGAUUCAGAGACGCUACGAAGCGGCUCCAAGCUACCUCUCCUAAAACCCAACCAUAAUCCUCUCAAGCCUCCCCGGGAAGCGCGCCCCCAGUUAAAACUCCCAAAAGACAUCGAAGUUGUUAAAUGGAAGUUCUCUGGGGAUAAUUUUUGGAGGAUAAAAAUAUACAUUUAACAUUUUUUGAAUGAUUAUGAAGAAAGAAAGAAAGAGAAAAAAGAAGAAAAAAUCAUAAUUCGUUACUUUUUCUACAAAAAAACAUUAUAGACAUUAGAAUGAAGAUUGAAAUAUCGCGUAAAAAAUUGAUAAUAUUACAUUUAAAAAAAAAAAUAAAGAAAAAUAAAUUAGAAAUUAGUGAGUCAAAAUAGGGUUAAGAUUCCCAUCCGUUUUCCCGGAUGAGCUUUGAACAACCACGAAGUUUGUUUUUUUUUCGUUUUUCGGAUGGAUGGGGGCAGGCUGAAUUCUAAAAAAAAUCAUCCCGAUUUUUUUUUAAAGACUUAGGGAAUGAUUUAACAAAAUUCAAGAGAAAAAAACAAGAAUUAUUUAGAAAGACUCCAAAAGAAAAAAAAAUUGGGAUUGAAUAAGCAAAAGUAAUAUUUUAGGACAACCUUAAAAUUACAGACACUUUUUGAUAUAAAUAAAUCUAAAAUAAAGAAAAUAUAUAAAAUAACUUGUCCACAUUGAGUGGAAAAAAAAUUAUUGCUAAAUUUAAAUUAUUUUCUGACUUGUGCCCAUUUACCAUUUUUUUUUAAUAAUGUAAAUCUUCAAUUGGCCAUUUAUUUUUCAUUUCAUAUAGGUACAUUUUUUUAUUUUAAUGCCCAACGCACAAUAAAUUUUAUUUGUAAACAUGUUUUCAAAAUUUCAUAUGAGAGAGAGCGAGAUGACUAGAUCUCGCUUUCAUUCACUCUCACUGAAAUGCCAAAAACAUCUUUACAAAACAAAAGUUAUUGUGCAUUAGACAUAAAAUUCAUUGUUUAUCGAAGGCAGAAGAGGCACGCAAGUUCCGCAGUUGUUUUUUAAAUUAUUUUGAGAAUAAACAAUAAAAAUAUUGUACAUCAGAAAGUAAUAUUUUCAUACGAGAAAUAUCAAGAGAGAAAUAAAAACUACAAACAAAAAUCGUAAUUGCUCCUCAAAAUAACAAAAAAUAAAUAAAUAAAAUAACAAAAAAAAUUCACAAUAACCCUCAAUGGCGAAUCUUAUGGAUGAAUAGUCCAAAAAAAGAAUGCAACAAAGUAUAUAAGAUAAACCAAUAAAAAAGCAGCUAAAAAUGAAAAGAAUUAUAGAGAAUGAGAAUGUGAAAGCCGAUAAUUUUUAUUAAUAAAUAAAUAAAAA